GAAAAACUAAAAACCACCCACAAAAUGGCUGCUGCAGCUCAGGAGUAAGAGAGAGUUGCUGCUGUAGUGAAAUCAAAGAACAGCCAGAGACAAGAGCACGUCCAGAAGAUUCUCCUUACUUAUUUGUCAUUACGGACAGCCACAUUUGAAAGAGGGGUCCAUACAGGAUUUGGGGUUUUUAAUAUAAACUAAAGGACCCCUUUGUGACAGUGUAAAUCAUAUUUUGUUAAUUGUUUCUGUGAAGACCAAUAUGGGAAUCAAAGGACUUCAGGGGUUUGUUCAGAACUCCUGCUCUGAUGUAUGUAGCAUGGUGAACCUAAGAACUCUAGCCAACAGAUACAAGUCCUCCAAUCCUGGCAGUACUCCUACUAUUGUGGUGGAUGCAAUGUGCUGCAUUCGGAGAUGGUACACACCAAAUGCUUGGGUUCAUGGUGGCCAGUGGAAAGAGUACCUUAGUAGUUUGCAGGACUUCAUUGCAGCCUUCACUGCAGCUGGCAUUCACCUUGUAUUCAUCUUUGAUGGUACUGUGGAACAAAAGAAGAGAACAGAAUGGGUUAAACGUCGUCUGCAGAACAGCCGCGAGAUAGCCAAAAUCUUCCAUUUCAUUAAGGCUAAUAGGGAGCAGCCUGGAAAAAAUAUGUUCUUCAUCCCUUCUGGUUUAUCCACUUUCUCUCGUUAUGCUCUGAAGCUUCUGGGCCAGGAAGUUAUCUGCUCCAAAGUUGAAGGAGAUUAUGAAGUAGCAGAGUAUGGUCUACAGCACAAAUGUCUUGGAAUUCUGGGAGAGGACAGUGAUUACCUCAUAUUUAAUACUGUGCCAUACUUUUCUAUUGGCAAGCUCCACCUAAACAGUCUAAACACUGUAAUGUACUCACGGGAGAAUCUAUGUGGAGCUCUGGGCCUUCAUCUUACAGACCUUCCUCUGCUUGCUUGUCUACUUGGCAAUGACAUAGUACCAGAGAACGUGGUAGAAGGCUUUCAAAGAAAAUGCACUGAACGGUAUCCUUCACAUUCAACUGGCAGUAACCAGAGAGCUGUUGUUAUCCAGGCAGUAGCAGCCUUCAUUGCAAGCCUAUCUCAGUCGCAGCACUGUAUGAGUGAGGUUGAAGAGAUGCUGCCUCACUGUUUUGACAAAACCAUGCUAUACAGGGGUAUUAAAUCCUACAUAUUACCAGAGCAAAGAUCUCCUUGGGUUUCUACACAGUCACAGUAUAGUUACCCAGUUCCAAAUCCAACUGAAUCAAGUGUGUGUCAAGACAAAGAUAUUGUUCAGAUUGCAAUGGAUGAACACUAUAAAGGAAACAACAGCAUGAUAUGUAAUGUGCUGUGUCACGGGGAAACAGAAUGCAGUAACACUUUGGAAGAUGACAGUGACACUAAGAUCCCUGGACAAGCUUUGAUAUACAAGUUAGCCCGACAGCAUAUUUAUGCAAUCUUGCUUGGCACUGGAACUGGCUCCCAGCAUUCGUGCCCUGUGGUCAAGGAAUGGUUUGUCUAUCCUGGCAAUCAGCUCUUGCAGCCAGACCUAGUAGAAGCAGUUCCACUCUCUAUACCAGGUGGAACACCUAGCGCAAGGAGCUUGUGGCUAUCUGUAGAUCCUGACAUUCAGAAAAAACGUUUCUACACGUGUUUGUCGUGUUUUCAUGCAGAGAAUGCUGCAGACGAACUGAGGGCUUUAAAAGAACCACACGCAGCUGUCUGUUGCCUGCUGAUAUAUCUGACUCUGCAGGUGGAGACCCUCAGUCUGAAGGACGUAGAAGCUUUUUUGGCCCAAGUUCUGUGCUUUGGAAGGAAAUCAGUUGCUCAACUAAAGAGCUUACAGCUUCCAUAUGUUGACUCCAGAGCAGUGCACCUUGCUUAUCUUUUCCUUCGUGGGCUUGUUACUUUAAUGGGAGCCAAUAGCGCUUGCUUCUAUCCUUUUAACAUGAUGGAACUGAUGCCGUGGAACACUUUUGAUGGGAAGCUCUUCCAUCACAAAUACCUACAGUGCCAUGGUGGCUGUUCUACAGAGGAGCUAUUGGAAGGAGAUGAGUCACUGAUCACCCUAUUCAAGAAGCUAAGAAGCCUUAUCUGUGAUGUUUGUGCUGCACAAAACAGAAUCUUGCAGAACCCAGAGAUUGAGAGUGAACCUGCAUCAGGCACAACAGGUUACUCCGUUAGAGCAGAACAGAAGCAAUUUAAUUGCCCAUAUCAGCACAACAGAAGAACUGAGUGGCGAGGGGCUUCAAGACAGAGGGCCCAUUACCAAGAGCGGAAUUCAUAUUUUAAUUCUUCUGAUGAACAUGUAACAAGAGAUCGUGUGUGGCGCAGUUCUGGCACACCAGACAGACAGUAUUCAAAUUUUUCCAGUGAGAAUAGAUCAAGAAGCAGAGGACCAAGAACAAGAGGCCAUCAGUUUUCUAAUCGAUGGUCCCAACAGUGAUAAGAAGCAAGAACGGAAAGAGCCUACAACAUCUAUUUAUCAAGCAGCUCAGCUUUUUAAAAUAUGCAAUAACUGUAACAUUAGUACUGGUACAAAGCCCCAAAUCUGGAAUUCCAAAAUCCAAAUUUAUUAAACUUUUUAAUUAAUAUUUUUAAAAAAAGUUAUUUUUAUAUACUGUGUAUAUAUAUAUAUAUAUAUAUAUAUAUAUAUAUAAACCCAACAUAAAUGUAUUUGGUUUAUCUAUUGGUCUCUUUUGCAUUAGUUGGGAUACACCCUAGUGGUUACACGAAGAUAUUUAAUUUUCAUUGCUUAUUUAGGGCCAGAUUACGAGUGGAGCAAAAAUUAACGCACCCACCUGAGCGUUAAUUGUGCUAAAAGUAAGAUUUUUGCGCUCGUCGGGUUGCGCUCAUAUUAUGAGCUGAAAGUAAACUGUUUUUGCUCUCGUACUAACCCUGACAAGCGCAAAAAUCCAAAAGUUAGAAUUCUGCGUGCGCGAUCACAUAUUCCCCCAUAGAAGUCAAUGCAGAAAUAAAGUGGGGGGGGGGGGAACUAACACCCCACUCUAGCACAAUCCCGAUCGCAUGUUCUCAUUUGCCCUAACCAACAUGAAAAUAUGAAUAUUUCACAUUCACAAUUUUUCUUUAUAUAUAUGAUGUGUUUUUUUUGGUAAUAUAUAUAUAUAUAUAUAGAUGAUUAUAUAUAGGUAUAGAUAUAUAUAGGAAUAUCCCGCUAUGUGCAGAACAUUGGUAUGUGAAAUAUUUACAGUAAAUACAUAAUUAAAAAUUAAUAGUGCAUAAAUAUGCUUUUAUAUGUUUUCAUCUACGUAACGACAAAGGGCUCCACAUAUAUAUAUAUAUAUAUAUAUAUAUAUAUAUAUAUAUAUAUGUGUGUAUCUUAUGUGUGUACAUAUGUAUUUGUGUUUAAAUGCGUAUAUAUGUCUGUAUUGUUUGUGAAUAAUUUGUAUUAAAUAGUGUUAUGAGUGUA